AGCAUUAAUCGUGAGUGAGUUUUAAUUUAUUUGUGUUUAGAAAAGUAGUGAAUAGUAAAUUGCCAAAAAUGCACUGAAAAAUAAAAUUGCAACAAAGUGUAUGACCGAUUAAAUAGGCCAAAGACCAAAAGAAAACAAACAAAUUUAUAAAAUUCCAGUUUGCGGCGGAGUUCAAUGUAAACGCUAGACGUAUCGGUUAGUAGCAACGAUGUCGGUAAAGUCACAACGCAAAGCCGUUGCUACCGAGGCAAUGGGGAAUGCGACCGGUGAAGGAGUUUCCCAUGAAAACCCCAAUUAUGGUUUAACUACGCGUGUUGCAUUAUCACGUCUGCAUGAUGAUAUUGAAAAAUUGUUGCGUGAGCACGAGGCCACCUACGCCAAGGAGAGCUACUAUCGCAAACUGCGUUCGGCAUUCUUCAAACCAAGCGACACACCAUUGGGAUGGCCUGCAAUCACAGCAACGUUAUUCACAAUGAUUGCGUUGCUUAUUGCUGAGGCAUAUCUGGCGGCGAUCUGUGUUGCGGCUAUCUUAUCAUUGGAUUUGUGCGUGGUGGUGCGCGAAAAUCAUUUACGUCGCACCGAAAUCUACCGCAAGACACGCCAGGCACUCGCCGAUAUACGACUCGCUGAACGUGAUCUAUGUGGCGAGUGGCAACCAUGCAAUUAUCCGCAUCUGUGUUGUCCAGUUUCACCUUGUGUGUCGCUGCAGUGGACAUAUCGCGAUGGUAAUAUUGUGAAUUUACCGUGGGCCUUAUUGGUACGCGGUGAUCACAUUGUACUACGACCGGGACACAUAACGCCCGGUCCGUGUACGGAAGUGAAUGGAAAGCGCACAUUUGAAAUGCAUGAAAUAUAUGGCCCAACACAGGUGAAUGAUCCGCCAGUGCGUCCUUUAGCGCGUGCUCCACUACCAGAUUUAGUAUGCACAUUGCAGACGACGCCGUUUCUGGAUAAUUUACGUGUGAUUUUGGAAAACUCAUUGAAGCGCCCAUCGACGAUAUACAAUCAGCAACGUUAUUUGCUGGUAACGAAAUACAUACAACAAUGGGGUUUCAUAUGUGCACUUUGUUUGACGCUUUUCGCCGGCAUGUUGCGUAUCAAUGGCUUGAGCAGUUCACCAAAUGUCGGCACACAUCCAAAUGAGCAACAUUAUUGGAAAUAUGUUUUCCUGGAGACACCAGCCGCUGCAGUUAUACCAUUACUGCCACUCAUCUUCCCCAUCAUGUGGAUAUCGAUGAAUCUAUGGGGUGUGGCAAGACUACAGUGCUUUCUCAAAAUACCACAAGUGCUCAUCACUAAAGACUCGGAAAAAUCCUUCGAAGAAGACUUGGAUGCGCCCACUUUUGAUUACAACAAUAUAUCAUUGUUGCGUUCAAAUGUUUUUCGAAAUUGGUGGCAACUGUGGCAUGGUGAUAGUGAACUACUACCUCGUUCAUCGAAUUUAGUGCAGGUAUUGGGCUCCAUAACAGCUUUGUGCUGCAUAGACAAGAAAGGCAUACUUUCAUGGCCAAAUCCAACAGCUGAGAAGGUAUUCUUCUUACACGAUACCGACAAUGAUCACUUAGACGAUCGCAGCACAAGUUGUUCAACGCUGAAUACCGAAAGUAAUCAUACGAGUCAGGCGGAGAGUAAAAACGGUGGUAUUGUUGCUGAAGUGCUCGAUCUAACACACGAUCAACACUGUCCAUUUCGUUUGGAGUUCGACGAUCAUGAGUGGAAAUCGCAUAUCACAUCACUUAAACCAUUGGGUCUCGCAAUACUGUUGAAUACUUGUUCGCCGUUGACGCAUGCACAUUACGCGCAAUUCUGUGGCCAUGUAACCGCCGUGGCGAUGCUGGAUAAAGAUUUGGUGCCAGUCACAAAUCGGUAUGCCCACGUUGACUCCAGUUUGACUAGCUUUUUGCAUGGACGUUGCCUCUGCGAAUUGGCCAAACAAAUCGGUUUUAAAGAUUCUGCUACCGAUCAUUUCUCACUCGAGGGUCAGUUGGCGUCCUACAGACAUUUGCAACCGGAAGUGGUGCGCCGUGACAUCCGUUUCGCACGUCAACUACAGCUGUCGUCUAAAGUGAAGGUACCCUUUCCCCAUUCACUGUCGGUGGUGAUGCGGGAAAACCCUGCCGGCUACCUCUCGCUCUUCACCCAAGGCACCGCCGACAUUAUAAUGGAUUUCUGUGAUGAUUUCUGGGAUGGCAAGGACUUGCGUCCGCUGUCGGCGCAAGAUCGAAAGAAAGCGCUUGAUUUCUACCAACGCAGCGCACUUACCGCUUACUGCACGGCCUUCUCGUACCGUCCGUUGCGGCAUGGCAUCAUUGGCGCGCUCAGCGGCGUACAGCACACCGGUGGACCGAUUGCGUACCUAGAAUUGCCGCCCGAGUCGAAAAUACGUAUGCAACAUGUCGAUCGCGCCCAUUGCGAUUUCGAGAGCGGCGGCCAUAUACAUACGAAAUUGAGCCACAGCAUCAGCACUGAUUCGCUGUUGUUCAGCGAGAGCAAAGACGAUGACAUCAACGAUGUGGAGGGCUGUUUCGAAAUGCAAUGCCAUCAGGUAUUCAUCGGUAUGGUGACGAUGCAGUAUCAGGCGCAGAUGGACAUUGUUCAGCUGGUGGAGCGACUGGAGCGCGCUUGCAUACGUUUCGUACAUUUCAGCAAAGAGAACGAAUUGCGCUCGCGUGUGUUCUCCGAGAAGAUGGGUCUGGAGUCCGGUUGGAAUUGUCAUAUAUCGCUGUUGAAUGAGGCGGAUGAUAAGGCCUCAAUGAAUACGGCUGCGGAUAAGGCCAAAACUAGCGGUACGUCCGGGCGCUCGGGUAACAAAACUUUGCAGAGUAAUAAUGAGAAUACCAUCAACAUUGUUGAGUCCGCACAUGAUCACACGACAGACAUUAGCACUACCAUCAACAAAAACAACAACACUGCCACAAGCACCAUCAAUUCAACCACCAAUAACGUUUCAUUGCCUCAUAAUGUAGAAAUCAUAAAUCAGUGCACCAGCACGCAGAACACCACCACCACCAAAACCACCAUCAACAUAGGUAAUCAGAACAACAAUAGUAGUAAUAUUAGUAGCACGCAUCUCACACAUCAAACGCACCUAAAUACAUCGAAUAUUACAGGCGGUGCAGGUGGCACCGAUAACGACGCCGACGAUGAAGGCAGCGACCUGCAUCAUCUGCUACCGCCACCCAAUCUCGAGUCUUCCAAAACGCUGAGCUCCUCAGCACCGGGCGCCAUCUCCAAUCCCGAUGACUACCAAGCGGUGCAGCUUAGCUCAACACCACCCUCGCGUCGCAGUAGCGUCAGUUGUGGUGGUGAAGGUAACGGCAACGGCAAGGACGCGCCCUUACACCUGGUGGAUGGUGGCAGCAAAGCCAUUGCUGAUGUCGCUGACGAUGAGCACCGCCAAUCGGAGGACUCUGCCAUGGAUGAGAAUUGUCGCUCGAUGAGCAUCAUAACAGAGAGUACCGAGCAGAGCGCACCCGUACACUUUGACAUGUCGAAUCGCGCUAAAUUGCCACGCGGCAUCGAGAAUAUACGUCCACAUUUGGAACAGGUGGACAAUGUGCCAUUGCAAGUGUCGCUAUUCACAGACUGUUCGCCCGAGGCGACGCGCCAAAUGCUCGACAUUAUGCAAUCGUACGGUGAGAUUGUCGUAUGUCUUGGCUCUUCGGCUAGCAAUUCAAAUGCGAAUAUAUUUCUGCAAGCCGAUUGCAGUAUAGCUGUCGAGCCGCUUUAUCCGCAAGUUUGUCAGGAUAUUGCCGCUUAUACGGAGGGCAACUUAACGAACAACAAAUUGCGUCUGCUGCGUCUCAAAAAGGAUCUCAAUGGCGAGGAGAAGUACGGCAGUCAUGAACCCUAUACCACCGAAGAGCUGCUCGAAAGCGGUUUCUAUGGCAAUGAUGAGCCACAAAUGCGUCCGAUGCAAGCUGCCGGCAAUACUGUGUCCCCCGUCUACUUAGGUCGCCUGCUCAACUCGUUGCCCUGUUCCAUAUCCGUGUGUCGCGAUGAACCGUUAUCGCUGGUGUCCAUUAUCGAGUUGUCUCGUCGUUUUUCGGCUGGCCUUUGGAAUUGCAUACAAUAUUGGGCUUGCUGUGCCGGUGCGCUUUCGAUGAUCAAUAUUUUGAGUGCUUGCCUCUCGUUGCCGCCACUAUUGACGCCGAUUAUGGUGCUCUAUUUGAUGAGUGUGCCGGUACCGUUGAUUGCGCUGGCCUUGGCGCACAUCGAUGUCGAUCCGAAGAUUAUGAAUCGCGCCACGGGCAAGAAGCAGACCGAGUAUGAUACGAAGGUAUUCGGUUUUGUGAUAUGGUGUUACGGCUGCAAAUUCUUCGCUCCCAUUUUGAUUAUGAUUUUCGCCUAUUGCACAUUUAUGGCGCAUCCUAUCGAACUCAUGGACAUUGACGAGGAAAAAUUGCAUAUCAACUUGCAAAUCGCACGUAUCUUCUCGUUUCUCGGCAUCUUAGUACAUUUCGUGGUGAUUUCCGCCUGCUUCGUGCACCGCGAUCACUCGCUGUGGCAGCGCAAUCCCUUCCGCAAUCACAUCUGGGCUUUCACCUGUGGCAGCACGCUGCUCGUGCACAUCGUUAUCUGUGCGGUGCAGAUUGUUUUGCAGGACAACUACUUCGAUGAGGCAUGCGGCAUGUGGCCGGCGAUCGCCUUUCUCUACGGUGGCAGUCUUAUAAGUCUGGCGAUCACGGAGAUUUGCAAAUGGCAGGAGAUUAAAGUUAACACACGUUAUCAGCGCCGCGCUAGGCUUGAUUUUGGCACCAAGCUGGGCAUGAAUUCACCGUUUUAAACACAUACAACCCCAACUAUAAUUACAAUUGCGACUGAACAAGUAAGCGUUGAGUAUUGGUAAACAAUCUAAAGAGACUAAUUCGAAAUCAAAGAAACAAAAAUAAGAAAACGUUGCAAAAUGCGCAAUAAAAAUACCCUAAUCUACCUACUAAAAAGGCAAAAUAAAAACAUAUUUAAAUAAUAAACGAUAAGCAAUUCAAGACGUAGUGCCAAAGUUGCUAUAAAACUUAAUACAAAGCAAGGAAAUUACAAAAACCGAAAACAAUUAAGAUUAAACGUAAAUUUGUAUGUAAGUACUUGUACGCCGUAAGUUGAAAGUGAAAUGUGAAUGCGUCGCCGACACUGCCUAUUAUUUAAAUAUAUUCCAACUUUUGGAGCAAUAAGCUAGCAAUCUCGAAAACGGCACCGAAAAUAACGGUUAUUUUGAGUUUUUCCUUUUUAAAAUCGUUUUGAAGAUUUUGUUCAAAGCAAAUAUUAACCGCUAUAGCGAGUUAUAGAAAGAAUGCUGUAAAAUUAUUUUUGUUUUGUGGUUUUUUUUCGGAAAUUUGAAUUACGGUAUGUUAUCAAAAUUUAAAAAAUAUCAUAACUUCAAAGCACAAAAUAUCAAUUAUAAUUUAUCUAAAAAUCAAGCUUUAAAUUAUCAAUAAUAUAAAUUAAAAAAAUUAAUCGAAAAAAUCCAACCCUAAGAAACGAUUAAAUCGUAUUUUUUUCUGAACAAAAAAAUAACUGUUACGGUCCUGUAAUAAUAUAAUAGCUGGCAGAUUGAAAAUAUACGUACAUGUGUAUGUAAAGAUUCUCUGAAGUCACGGCGCUAACCUGGUACUCAUCAAUGACCGUGUGCUGUGCCAUUAAGAAAAUCGAGUUCACCUUUUGCUCUCAAUAAAAAAAAACGCAUUUCCUUAAAAUUUUUGACUGUUUCUCGCUCGCAUUGACAUUCAGAUUCACGGCAUAUUAAGUAAAACAUCGUAGCUUCUAAGUAAACAGUUUUUAGUGUGCUGUUACGGCAAUUAAGUACAUGUGUACACUUUUUUAUGAACCGUUGUGUUUUAUGUUCAUAUUUUUGUAUUUUAUUGUA